AUGAAUAAUGUUGUUUUAAAAAAUCAAUUUAUUUAUUAUCUAAAAAAUAAAAAGAAUAUUAUUAUUAGUAGAAAAUUUCAUAAAAAUGUUAUAAACAUUAUAUGCAAAAAUGAAAAUAAUUACAACUCGCUAAAAUUUAAUAACAUAUUAAAUUGUGGUGUGUAUAUGAAAAAUAAUAAUCCAAAAUUUAAUUAUCAGAUAUGCAUAAAUAAUUACACAGAUUUUGAAAAAAAAACAAAACAACACUUUUAUUCUACAUACAAGCCUACUCCAGAAAAUAACAAAACAAAUGCAAUAAAUGAAGCAAACCAAAUAAAUAGCUUCGCUAAUUUACCUAACGAAUAUAAAGAAAAUAAAGAAAUCGAUUAUAAAAAUGUGGAUAGUUUUGCAAAUAAAAACAGUAAUGAACAUAAAUUUAAUAUUGAAGAAAACGAAGAAAUAAAAAAAGAAAAAAAAUUCUCGAAAAUAAAAAUAAUAGGAUACACAUUCAUUCUUGUAUUUGGAACAUAUGUUUCAUAUAAGGUUUACAAAAAUAAUUUUAAUUUAUCAAAAGCCGAAGAAAGUAUAUUAAAAGAUUUUUUUAGUAUUAUUUACACUUAUGAAGAAAAAGAAAGUGUAAAAAAUUCUAAAUUUAUAACAUGCUUAAAUGAAAAUUUAAGAAAGCAACUAGCCAUGUAUUUUUUACAACUUGAUGCCGAUAAAAAAUCUGGAUUUAUUAUUAAUGAUGCUCUCAUUUUUUUAUCAGAAUUAAAUAUAAAUGAAGACAAUGAAAUAGUAAAAAAAUUUAUUCAAAAUGGUAAUGGGAAAAAUAGCGAAUUAAAAAAAUACUCGGGGUGUUCGUUACAACAAUUUGGUGAAUUAAUAGAAAAUUUAAUUUUAGAAAAUAAAACAAAAAAUCAUAAUAACGUAUUACCAAAUAAUGAUUUAAAUAAUUUACUGGAAAAUAACUCUAAAAGGUAUUAUAUUAAUAUUAUACAGAAUUAUUUAAAUAUUUUUAUUAAUGCUAUUAAAAUGUCAAAUUUAUAUUUAUAUUAUCAAAACAAUAAAAAAAAUUCACAAAAUGAAGAUACCUUAAAUAAUUUAGAAGCUCUAAUUUUAGACAAACUAACUAAAUACAAUGAUAAAUAUGUUGAUAAAAAAAACUUAUCUUUAGAUUAUAUAUUAAGUAAAGAAGAAAUAGAAAUUCUUCGUAAAAAUUGUAUACCAAAUAAAAAAGACGAAGAAAAAGAAUUGUUAUUAAUUGAAAAAAAAAAUAAUGAAGAUAAAAUUAAACGACUAUUAGAUCUUCAAAAAAAAAAAAAAUUAACAGAAACCGAAAUUAAAAGAUUGCAAGAUUUGAAAGGAAAUUUGAAAAAAGUUAAAUAUGCCAUAAAAAAAGAGCAAAUUAAGAGAUAUUUCAACUAA